UUGAUUAUUGACGUGUGAAAAAUAAAAAUUUUGUUUAGAAAUCGGAUUUUCUUUCUUUCAAUAAUCCUUAAACUUUUAAAUUGCAAAAGAACAAAAACAAACUAUUUAAUUAGUUUAAUUGUUUUAAAGUCUCGUUAAAAAAUGAUUCAUUUAACUGGACAAAGCUACAAUGCCCGAGAAAUUAUACAAAAUAUCUUCUCUCCAUUGGUGGGAGUAGUGACCAGCCCAAUGGCCGAUGAAAUUUGUCAUAAAAAUAAUUUAUCAUUUGUUGAGAUGUUGCAACCAUUUGCAAAACUUCCAAAUGAUGCUCAUUUCCGUGAUAGUACUGGAACAAGUGUGUCCAUCAAAGGACUUCGUCUUAAUAUCUGCGAUAUCAACUGGAGACCUCCACAGACAGUUCUAGCUCGCAAAAUGAUGAAUGAAGCAGUCACCAAUGGUGUCAGUGACAAAAUGAAAUUCAUAACAAUUGGUGGUAACAUGGAGUUGGAAGUACCAACAGCCGAACCAUGGUUUGACAACUGGCGAGAAACUUUUCUCACUGUUCAAUUUCCUGCGGAUCAUGAGUUCACUCGCCAUUUCUUGAGUUGUCUCAUUGUUUUGUCUAGUGGCGAUCCACAUGUUGUCGAAACAGCUCAAAAACUAACGCAUUGUGUUCAAAUUAUGCAAAAUGUUACCCCACAAAAGCUUCCCAAGUGGUUUCAGCCAAAUGAUGUUCUCAACAGUUACGUUGUGUUGCAUGAGGGUUCAUCUGGGGAUCUUUCUAAAGCGCAACAGAGCUAUGAGUUGUUGAAAGCAACAUUUGGAGAUAACAGGUGUUUCCUUAUUCAAGUGAAUUCACAAAGUGGUGGGGUUUCUGGAGAUAUUCCAGACUAUUGGGGUUCAUACAUUCGACGACCUCCAAAAACGGAUCUCCAAACGGAUCAAAGUAGUGCUCCAAAGACACCUCAGGACUCGGUUUCUGUGAUAUCGAUGCCUUCGAUGCAAAUGGCAAAUGCAGAUGGAAGUGAUAAUGAAGCAUUUUUACAUCCAUUAAGUCCCAUUCAAGAACAAGCUACGGAAGCUAUUCACUCAAAGUUCUCUGUUAGCAGUGAGAGUAUUAUAUCUCAGACAAUUAAUCCAAAUGUCUGGGCUGGAGAGACAGAUUCGGAUGCCUCACAUGGAUCAUAUUUGAAUUCCAUGGAUGUGGAGAAUCUUCGUCACUUUGUCCAGGAUUAUACAGUUAGGGCAUUGAUUCCUUAUGUUGAGCGUUUGGUUGUUGUUCUUAAUGAAGCAGUAACAACAAAAAAAGGAGUGAGUAAAUCGUUGCUAAGUGCCACAAAACGUUGGUUUGUAACUAGUAAACCUGGAGCUGGAGCCAGCAAUCAAAAUGCUGUGAUAUAUACAAGCGAAUCUGUUGAGUUGCAGACGAGGAAGCUUGGAGACUUGUAUUUUAUGUUUGGACACUAUAAUUUGGCCUUCCAGGCAUACCAUCAGGCUAAACGAGAUUUCAAUGCUGAUUCCGCUUGGCAAUAUUAUGCUGGAGCUUUGGAAAUGGCAGCAGUGUCUGCCUUCAUGUUGGGAACUGCAAAUCGUAAAACUUAUGAUUACAUGGAAGAUGCAAUAGUUUGUUAUCUCACAGUUUGCAAGCUGCAACAAUUUGCAACACGAGCUACGCUUUUAAGCAUUGAAUGCCUUAAAACAGCUCGUCUCUAUGGCGAAGCUGCUAAACAACUUAUUCGCAUGACAAGUGAAGAAUCUGAUCUAAGAUCGGCUCUUCUACUCGAGCAGGCUGCUUACUGUUUUUUAGCCUCUCAACCAGCGCUACAUCGGAAAUAUGCUUUUCAUAUAGUUCUCUCAGGGAAUCGAUACUCCCGAGCUGGACAGAGAAAACACGCAUUCCGAUGUUACAAACAAGCUUAUCAGGUCUUCCAAGAACGCGGAUGGAGUCUUGCUGAAGAUCAUAUUCAGUACACAAUUGGCAAACAGGCAUACACUUUGAAGAAACUUGACGAAGCUAGCAAAUCGUUUGCUCAUUUGUUGAGGCCAACAAGUUUGCAAAAUACUCAACAGCAGGCUACAUUUUUGAAAGAAUACAUCCAAACGCAAAAGGAACUCCUUCAAAAAAGUCCAGAGUUGGGACUUUUGGAAAUAGCUUUGCCCAAAGUAGAACAAGCCUCGAUAAGAGUUUUGGUAACAGCCCAACCACCAGUAGCUAACCCGCUUUAUGUAGCUGCAACAAAUAUAACCAUUCAGUCCAAUCUCAGUGAUGAAUCUACGUGGCAAAAAAUAGAAGAAAUGAUCGCCACCACUGCUUCAAACAAACCGAUGGUAUUCAAACCAACAAAGACUCUUUUCACACACGAGAAUCCAUCAGUUGAUCAUCCUUUGGCCGUUCAUGGAGAGCCAAUUGAAGUUGCUGUGACAAUUUCUAAUGCCAUCAAGACCAGUGUAACUUUAGCUGACAUCGAUGUUCUUUGGAAAUUGAGAUUAGAAAAUGAGGAAACUUUGUCAAAUCUUAGUCUCUAUGCCGAAGGAGGUGAUAAAGAUAAAACAGCUAUAAAUGCAGCUAUCAUAACAACUUGUAGCCAAGAAAUAGUUCUGGAAGAACAGGAACAAAAGGUGCUCUACUUCAAGAUGACUCCCAAACUAACUGGUCAAUUGAACAUUAUUGGAAUUGUGGGACGUGUCUCGGCUACAGCUGAACCAAACAGCCUACUUGGAUGUCUUCACUUUGAGACACAACAAAUCAAAACGAGUGGAAAACAAUCGAAUGCCACUUUGUUUGAUAAUAAACUUGCAGUGAAGAUUCUCCCACCAGCACCAUCGCUGAGUGUGAGUUUCUCCACAACUCCCAGUGAUAUUCUUGUCGGCGAAAUAAUUCCAGUGAUGAUAUCACUUCGCAACACCGGAAUCAUGCCAAUCGAUGAUGUUUAUGUUGGUUGCGAAUGCCCCAGAUGGAUAACGUUGCUUGACAAAGAGGCUGAUGUGCCUUUGUCAAUAUUUAGAGAUUUCAAAGACCUUACCAAUGAGACUCUCAGUAAAGAUAAGGAAAUUCGAAAACAACACGUUUUCCGUGUUCUCAAACGAAAUGACGGUCAAUCGCUGAAGGCUCAGGAAGCCACAACAAUUCCAAUGUGGAUUCAAGCGCCCUAUCAAAAGGGCGGAUUCACUUUAAGAUUGAUAUUCUACUACACAAUGCCACCAAAUUACCCUGGCAUUAAAUAUCGAUUGGUGCGACAUGAAUGGAAGUUUAACGUUCACGAGUGUCUGCAAACCGAAGUUAAUUGCGUUGUUAGUAAUCUGAUAACAAGUGAUUUGGGUCUAGAUGUGGAAUUUAAGAAUUUAAAUCAAACGCAUCAUCCUUUGAUGACAGAAUUGUACAUCAAUUCGGUGGAUAUGUAUUGCCCGCAGUAUAAAUUGAAUAGCAAAAAUCUUUAUUUUAUGAAUCAGAUGGAGAUUGCACCAGGACAAUUGGGAGAUAAAUGUUUAAAAGCAGCAAAAUCGGCAAGCAUCCAGUGUCGCUUGGCGCUUUCUCAAGUCUCUACUGCAAACACAACAACGGACUAUGUAACCCAACGCCUAUCUACCGUACCAAUAAUGAAAGCCUCCAUCAAAGACAAUCACAUUCCAACAUUUGAUAAACUUUAUAGCUUUUUGAUGAAACACGAAACUAAAUUCCUCAAUCCAUUCAAUUCCAGCAUCAAUACCGAAGAAUUCAAUACAAUCCUUUCAACCAGUGAUCCCCAUAUGACUGUAUCCAUUACUUGGAGUGCGGUUGUAGUGGAUUGUAAUUCUACACAACGAAUUGCACAUGGUCAGCAUUUUGUUCAACUGCGAAAUCUAUACGAGCAAGUAUCAUGUCCUGAGACGGCUGAUUAUCGCAUGAAAACGUAUCUUGGUGAUACAUCAGCUUAUAGGAAAAUUCAUGAAUUCGAAGGAAUAUCCUUUGAUAAUGCCAACAACGAUGAUGAGGAUCAGUGGGAGUUUAAUAAUAAUUUCGUUGGAAAACGAUGUUUGCUUCAGGAUGAGAGUUACAUUCCAUCCACGGCUUUAAAAGCAUAAUUAAAUAGAGAAAGUUUGAGGAUUAAUAAGAAAGAAAGAAAUGUUUCCUUGCAAAAACUGUUAUAAUUUUGGAGGGUUAAUAUAAUUUUAAAAAAAUAUCAUAAAGUAAAGUUACAAAAAAAAAAGGUUAAAUAGUUUGAUCCUUUUCAUAUUUGUAAGAAAAUUCAUAUGACCCAAGUUUAGUAAAGGUCAGUAAAAUUUUACACGGUAAACAACAACAAAUGAUUGCUAAGGAUAAACAAAAGUUUUUCAUUUGUUGGUUUACAGGGAAUUUUUUUUCUAAACUUAUACAUUUUUGACCCAUCAACAAUAAAAGAAAAACACUGCUAAUGAUACUAAUUGGAAAUUCAAAAAGUGCCACUCAAGAAAAAUAAA